AUGAAUUACUACCAGAAUUUCAAGGCCACACAUAACCUAAUCACCUCAACCUUUAUAAAUUAUUCAUCCGCAUCCCCCAUUGCUGCAAACACAGUCAACAACGCUGUCGUUUUGCAAAACAAGCUUCUACAGCGUCUUCACAACAGCCUUUCGUUUUUGAGGUACCAGAUCCCAAACCCUCCACAAGUGGGCCACGAUCUGGAUCAUAGAUUCGCCAAACUCGUGAACAGCCACAGGAUGGAGUCACGAUAUUUAAUUAAUCUACGAAACUACCAGCCUCGGUACAAUGCCGGGUCCCAGGUUUCUGUCUGGCAUCGCCUGCCAGCAGUGAGAAGAUCGUCGGUUCUUGUUCUUUUGUUUUUGGGCAGACAGGGAGAGUUGCGCGUGAUCCUGACAAAAAGAUCGCACAAGCUCAGAAACUUUUCAGGACACAUUUCUCUUCCUGGUGGCAAAGUUGACUAUCCGCUGGAGUCUGAGUUUCAGUGUUCUCGCAGAGAGGCUGAGGAAGAGAUCGGGAUUCACCGCGAUAACCGGUUCUUGAAAGAAAAGUUUGGGUAUGAGGUCGAGGAACUGAAGGUGAUGCCUACGUAUCUCGCAAGGACACUACUGGGAGUGUCACCUUGCGUGGCGUUCAUCAACUGGAGCGAGUCCAAGCUGGGAAGCAUUGAAGAUCAGCACAUUGGCAACAUCAUGCUCAACCCUGGUGAGUCCUCAUCGAUCUUCAGCGUGCCCCUGAAGGAUUUCUUGCAGCCUAAACCACGCAGAUACGAGCUCAAGGAGUGUCUUAAACAAUCAUACAUCAAAACCAAAUGGGCUGGUAUUCCGUGGAAUUUGCGGUCGUUCAUCUUCCCUAUUCACAACGACAACGAGGUGAGAUGGCUGGAGGAGAUCCAGGAUUUGUCGUCCGAAAGCGAGGACGAGACCCAGGAGGACCAUGAGUUUGGCGUGCGCACGCGAAACUGCUGGGGUCUGACGGCCAACAUAUUGCACGACCUUGCCGAGAUUGUCUACACUGGAGAGAAAUACUACGAUAAUGUGCUGGGAGAGGAGGAUUUGAUAUGGGCUUUGAUCCAGAACGGCCAGAUGCAGACAAAGCAGCGUUCUGAGUUUGAGAAAAAACUAAUAAACAACACCAAAGGGUGUUCAUUCAAGGAAUGCAUGAGCUCGGAAGAAUUCAUCAAUCUUAAAAACUUAUACAGUACUAUCUAA